CCCAAACCCUGAACCCACGGAAUGGAGGGCGAGACGCAGCCGCCGCCGGACAGUAUGGAAGGCGAGGCGCGGCCGCCGCCGGCGUGUGUAUCCAAGGUGCUCGACGACGACGACCUCCUGACGGAGAUCAUCAUCCGCGUCGGCUUCCCCACCAGCCUCGUCCGCGCCGCCUGCGUCUGCAGGCGCUGGCUCAGCCACGCCUCCGACCGCGCAUUUCUCCGCCGUUUCCGGGAGCUCCACCCGCCAAGACUCCUCGGCUUCUACCUUGCACAAGGCUAUCCGUACGACGCCGCACGCUUCUUCCCGAUGCUGCCUCAGCCCCCGGAGCUCGCUGCUGUCAUCCGCCGCACAAACUUCAGCCAGAGGCCAUUCUUUUCCAAAGAAGAAGGGGGUACCAUGGUGGGCUGCUCCAACGGCCGCGUCAUCACCCGCCGCCUAAACUUCAGCGUCCUCAACAACUGCGUCCUCGCCUACGAGCUUGUAUUUGCAGUGCACAGCCCACUGUGCUAUGACUAUGACCAUGGUAUGGCCAUCCUCCCAGGAUUACAGCUCGGAAUGCCCUGUUUGUACAAUUGGGCACAACUCUUCUCCAAAGUAGAAAGGGAUGGCUCGUCCUACUUUUAUGUCACCGUGGAGGAUACCAUGGAACCUAAGAUGAAUGUGUAUAUGUGGCAAGCUGGUGAUGAUGCCUGGCACAAACAUCUCACCUUGGGGUCAGACCGUCUUUUGCAUCCACAAUCUACUCCCAAAGGCGUACUCGUUGACAACAAAAUCUAUUUUGCGGCCGACAAUGCAAUUGUUAUCCUGGAUUUGACAUCCUCAAUCUUAUUGACAACUCAGCUCCCACACGGGGUGGAUUUUGAUCUAGGCACCACCAUGUUGUCGCGGGUCAAUGAUGGUUCUGGUCUAUAUCUCAUCCAUAUCAAGGAGCUUCAACUUCAUAUCUGGCUCCACAAUGGGGACAAUUGGUUGCUGGUGGACACCAUUUGCUUGAGCGAAACAUUUGCUGGUUUGCUUGAGGAUGAGCUUACUGUUGAUAUCCGGAUAAACCAUGUGGGGGACUAUAAUGGGUUUGUAUUCUUGGAGAUGGGUCGAUCCGUACUCUACUUGGAUGUCAACCGCAGGACGCUGUGUAAAGCGUACGAGAUGACAACAGAGGAGAAAUGUUUGGGUGAUAUCUAUCCUUUUAUGAUGACCUGGCCUCCCAUUUUCCCUACUCUCAGUCCUGCGAGGAAUGCCACGUGAAGGGAUACGAGGAAGCUUUUGGAUGACUUGUGACUAAGGGCGCCAUCAACGAAGAGCACAGGGGCUGCACAUUUCGAAAGUACUCCCUCCAUCCCAAAAUUCUUGUCUUAGAUUCAUCUAGACAGGGAAGUAUCUAACACUAAAGCGUGACUAGAUAGUAGAUACAUCCGUAUUUAGACAAAUUGAAGACAAGAAUUUUGGGACGGAGGGAGUAGUUGUUGUAGCCGUGUUCAUUUUUACUGGUAUAGCGGAUCAAUUAGGCAACAGUAGUGCCACUCUGUUAGCGACCAAUUAAUUCCUCUGUUUCGUCGUCUAGAAGACCUGUAUGCCGAGUACCUCUCUUCUGUU